AUGACGAGCGUUGACUGUCCAGGGAAGGAAGGUGCGGGGGGCAGGAGGAAGAAUUUGGCCCUGCUGAGGAACAAGCUGUACAUGGGAGAGAGGAGGAGGACGGAGCCCGUGGUGGAGAGCACAGCUGCCGCUGGGGACCACGGCACCUUGAGGAGGAGUCAGUCCGACCGGACAGAGUACAGCCAGAAAUUACAAGAAAAGAUGGCCCCGCAGGUGGGGGGGUCCGCAACCCCUGCCACUUCGCUGCAGGAGGAUGAAGAACAGGUUAGCAGACGCAUGAUGGCCAAGAGAGUGAAAGUCAUUGCAGAACUCAUGCAGACAGAGAAAGACUAUAUCAGCGACCUGGAUCUCUGCAUCAGGGAAGUGAUUCAACCCCUGAGAAGCAAGCAGAUUGCUCACUUUGACGUGGAUGGCUUGUUUAGCAACAUUGAAUUGGUCCAUCAAGUAUCAGCCAAACUGCUGUCAUUGUUGGAAGAAGCCACGACAGAUGUGGAGCCACCCAUGCAAAUAAUCGGGGAAGUGUUCUUGCAGAUUAAAGGCCCACUAGAAGACACAUAUAAAAUCUACUGCUAUCGCCACGAUGAUGCACACACCAUGCUGGAAUCCUAUGAAAAGGAUGAAGAACUGAAGCAGCAUUUAAGACACUGUGUACAGUCCUUAAGAAAGAUAUAUGAGGAAGAAGGAAAGCCAAAUCUAACAGACAUGGGAUCCCUAAUGAUCAAACCAGUGCAACGGGUGAUGAAAUAUCCCUUGUUACUCUGUGAACUCUUGAAUUCAACUCCUGCUUCUCACCCUGACCACAAAGUGCUACAAGAUGCCCUUUUUGCUAUGAAAAACAUUAAUGUGAACAUCAAUGAACUUAAAAGGAGGAAAGACUUAGUGCUGAAGUAUAAGAGGCAUGAUGAUGAUGAAACCCUUAAAGAAAAGUUUUCCCGACUGAAUAUCCACUCCAUUAGCAAGAAAUCCAAGAGGGUCACCAGCCAUCUGAAAAUACUGACGGGGGGAGAACCUCAGGUGAAAGAUCAAACUUUUAAUAAGGAAGAAAAGUUGUUUCGACGUUUAGAGAAGACUGUGAAAUUGUGUGUGAAGAACAUUUCACUCUCCUCGCAACAUCUACAGGAUUCUAUACAUCUGGCUGCACAAAACAUAAUUUGGUUUCAGGAAAUCUUGCAAGACAAAGAUGAUGAAGUCAAUGACUGUUUGAAGAAACGGGACAACACUGCAAAUCUUUGUGAGGACCUGAUGGGGCAGCUGAACAAGCUCGUUUUGACUCCUCUCUCAGCACUGCAAGCUUUGUUUUCAGGCCCACAGAAGCUCAUCCAGAAGCGCUAUGACAAGUUGUUGGACUACCACAGCUACCUUCAGAGGUCAACAGGAGAAGAGCUGGACCUGGCAAAGAAAGACUAUGAGGCUCUAAAUGCACAGUUAGUGGAAGAACUUCAGGUAUUCAACAGAGCAGCCAAAAAAAUUGUGUUGAACUGCCUGCAUUGCUUCAUCACCCUCCUCAGGAAUAUUAUGUCUGUAGCACUCCAAUCAAAUUCUGCUGUGGUGGUGCCUGUUCCA